CGUUAACCGAUCUUUAGUUGCACAAGCAUUCAUAAAUUAAUUGAUUUUUGUGAUAUUGAGCCAGUUAGGCAUACAUUGAUUAAUUUUACCCAGUAUUGGGGAUUUAAAGGCCGCUUACUUUUAAAGCCGAACUGGCUUUUAGUGAGAGGUACGUUGUCCGAGACCUAGGAAAAACAAAGUGGUUGAAGUUCGUGUCACCUGUUGGUCAUUCCGUACCCGUAGCAUAGAGCGUCCCUGAUAUCGGAAGUUACUUAGACAUCGUCAACAUCUUCGCAGUCCACGCUUAAGUUAGGUAGCCAGUUAUUGAAGCCCUCAACGACUUGGUUGGUAUGUCUUCAUGUAACCUAUGUGUGUCGUCCAUUGGGAAGUCGUCUAGCCAGUUGGAGGCAUACUUGUAGAUACAGGCGGGCAGUUGGAAAUAGUCAUUCGGUGGUACGAGCCACUGCCGAUGAAUUGUGUAGUUGGUAGUAUUAUAAAAUAUAAAAGUUUGGGAGUCAGAGCCACUAUUUGUGUAAUAAAUGUUGUUGUCACUUACUUGUAUGUAAAGGUGAUUCGUCGUACCGUCAACCCAGCUAUUGCUGACGCACAAAGACGCUCUGAGAAUCACAAAGAACGAAAACACCUUAACGCUGGCAUAAUCGCAUAGCCCGAUUAGUUUAUUGUUGCCCAUAUUCUAACAUCGGGGUUGUUUCUCCCGACUCAAUUACCUACUGUAGUUCCAAAUUACAGCCUAUCCGAACUACUGUCACUUAAUUUAUAUUAUACAGGGUGCGACCGGUAGAAAGCGCUUCCUACAAGGGUUCGGCCGACCUAAUCAGUGGUCAUUAUUACCAAAAGGUAUUGCGGAUUAGUCGGCAAGGGGGUUCUUGGAGAAGUCCCUGUAGUCACCGCGAAAUUUAAAGCCGCUUCGAGUCACCUUAGGCUUGUUCAUUUAGUUGUGAGAGUAGGAGAACAAUUUAAUUAGUUUUAUUUGACAUUAAAUAUUCAUUAGUGGCGCACAUUUUGUUUCUUUCCUUUUUCUAUUGCGGCAAUACCCUUCCUGUAGGUCCGGCAGGAGAGUCACUAGGGAUAAGGACCUGGCGCCUCCCGAGCAUUCAUUUAGAGUUCGUUCUGAAGAACUACCACGCCCGCGCGAGAGUUAGCCGCGGAACCUAAGUUACCUCGCCGCAAUUCCCGACAGCUUAAAUAGGUAACAAAUUGGCGCCCAACGGUUGUUUUUUUAUUUUUUUUUAGGACUUAAUUAGUUCGUUUUACUACUUAAAAGGGUGAAAAUAUAGGAAUAGGUUAAUUUUAGUUUUAUAGUUAUUUUUGGGGGAGAGGACGUUCGACGUUCCAAGUGGAAACAUUAGGUAUAGGUUGUAUAUAUAUUUUUCUUUUUUUUUGGGAAUACAUUAGGUUAGUAUUUAGAAUGGAGGUUAAUAGGUUAUUAGGAGAUGAGUUGUCUUAUGAAUUAGCCAUUAGAGAUAUGUCGACUAGUGGUACUGUAGCCGAAAAGCGCUCUGCACUUCGAGGGUGCCUAAGAUUAGAAAACUCUUCACUAACACCAAUCCCUAACUUGUCUAAGUUAGAUAAUAAAAAGGAAUUGCAAGUAUGCUCAAGUAAAUUACAAGAAUUGGAACAAUGCAUUGAGUCAUUUGAUCAAACCAAUAGGGAAAAUGAAUAUAAACGAAUACAAACGCGUCUAUUGCAUGUACAGGGUCGAUUAAAACGACUAGCAUGCGAAAAUUCCGAAUUUACUGAUUUACGGUCCGAACUCCUUACACACUGUAUGCGUUUAGUUGAAUAUCUAGAAGAAAAGUACGAUCCCGCUGAAGUCCAACUACAGCAAGGAGACAACGGAUCUAUUAUUCCAAUAGCACAGAGUACAGCACCCCAACCUAGUAUGAAUCCCAUGAUGCCAGGCACCUCAGGCCCUUCGGUUAUGCAGUGCAGUAUCAUGGAUGAGCCAAUCGUCGAACAAAUAAUCCCUAUAACGGAAAACAUCGCUUCAAGUCCAGUACAUAGACCAAUUCGGUCACAAGCGAGACCUACACAUUCUUCGACCGCACAUCCCGUUGGGUUUUUCAACGAUUCGAUAGAGAUGCAACAAUUAUUAACAAAGCCCAAAGGAGCAAUAAUUGCGAAAUGGAAUCUGACCUUCGAUGGACAGUCCAGUCUGCCAAAUUUCUUAGAGAGGAUAGAAGAACUCCGUCAAGCAUGGAAUCUUUCUAAAGAGCAAGUAUUCGAAUCAGCUUCUCAAUUGUUCAAAGGCGAUGCGUUAAUAUGGUAUCGAGCUGUAAAAGGAACCAUACGCAACUGGGAUGAUUUGACUAGUGCUCUCAAGGAGGCUUUUCUACCAUGCGAUUAUGAAUAUGAACUCAUGGAUGAAAUUCGUCAAAGGACACAAGGCAUAGAUGAGCCAGUAAUCGUCUUCAUUGCAGUUAUGGAGAAUUUAUUUAGAAGAUUAUCAAGAUUUCCUUCGGAAACGGUAAGAGUGCAAUCCAUCAAGAGAAAUUUGCAACCAUAUUUACAAAACCAACUAGCACUAUAUACUGUACACACUAUCCCGUACUUAACCAGUUUGUGCAAGUCAAUUGAAGAUGUGAAAUAUAGGAUGAAGCAAUUCAAACCACCACCCGCUCAAUCAACGCUGAACCCGGAUUUGGCUUAUCAUAAACAUCAGAGAGUCAUUUCUCGCACAGCAGCCUUAAAUGUGCAAGAUACCGAAAUAUCAACCACGGAUCUUAGUGGGGGAAAUAACGAAAGUCAACUUCCACAAGCGAUGGCUCAAUUGGCAGUGACAACCUGUUGGAACUGCCAAAAUUCUGGUCACGUGGCAAGAGCAUGUGGUCAACCGAAACGUAUCCAUUGCUAUCGCUGUGGGAAACCAAACGUAACGUUACGCAAUUGCCCCUCAUGUUCGGGAAACGGCCAAGGGAGCCACUGAAAUCGGAUCGAUCAGUGAGCCCUAACCAAAAGAAAAAUACGAUCCCAUACUUAGAAAAAUUACGUCAGCUAAGAAAAUCAAUCACCACCAAAAUAAGUCCGGUUUUAGAUUUUAUAUUUUCACAUACGGAAGGUGAUGAGAGACCCUACCUAGAUGUUGAAGUUCUAGGUUACAAAAUCAAAGGCCUGUUAGACUCCGGUGCAAAUCGAAGUGUGGUAGGAAGCAAAGGAUUUCAAUUACUAACAUCUUUAGGAUUGCAACUUCAAAAAUCGAAAUCACAAGCUUGCACAUUUGCCAACCAGCAAACUUUCAACGUUACGGGAGUCCUGUCAGUCCCUAUGAGACUUCAGGAUAGAGUGAGAAUGAUCGAGGUAUUAGUCGUUCCUGAACUACAACAUAUCUUAAUCCUUGGAGUAGACUUCUGGGUCCAGAUGGAGAUCAUCCCAAAUUUGCGGAAGGGGGAGUGGAGUUUUAAUUCUCAGGAAGCACAUCCAACAGUGGUCGACUCCAUCUGUUCAACAGAAACGUUAACAAACGAUCAAAAACAGAGACUACAGGAACUCACCGAAAACUUCUUCUCAUCAACCAAUCCGAAACUUGGUUACACACAUUUAGUUGAGCACCAUAUAGUAACGACAGCACAGCCCAUCAAACAGAGAUACUAUCCUGUAUCACCGGCAGUCCAAGCGCAAAUUGAUAUCGAAUUGCAACAAAUGUUACAGCAGGACAUCAUAGAACGUUCAAAUUCUGCAUGGAGUUCCCCCAUUUUAUUGGUUAAAAAGAAGGACAAUACGUUCCGUUUUUGCGUAGAUUACCGGAAAUUAAAUGCCGUGACACGAAAGGACGCUUACCCAAUCCCGUUUAUUUCAUCGAUUCUCACGAAAUUAAGGGACGCCAAAUUUAUUACAUCCUUGGACGUCAAGUCGGCUUAUUGGCAGGUGCCAGUAGCGGAAGAAUCCAGGGAAUUCACAGCGUUUACAGUCCCGGGCCGUGGACUCUUUCAAUUUAAAAGAAUGCCAUUUGGUCUUACCAAUAGCCCAGCAACCUGGCAACGGUUGAUGGACCAAAUCUUCGGAGCCGAAUUAGAGCCAUACCUUUUUGUAUAUUUGGACGACAUCAUCAUCGUUACACCGACGUUCGAUCUUCACGUGGAUAUUUUGAAACAGGUAUUCGAAAGAUUAGCCACAGCAAAUAUUAAACUAUCUCAAGAAAAAUGCCAAUUCUGCAGGCAAGAACUGAAAUACCUGGGAUAUGUAGUUAACAGUCAAGGAUUACAUGUAGAUCCUGAAAAAGUCGAAGCCAUUCUAAAUAUACAAUCUCCGAGCAACAUC